AUGUGUGUGGUCGUCACCGGUCAUCCUCUUGACACAAUCAAGGUACGCUUGCAGACAAUGCCGAAACCGUCCCCGGGAAUGGCGCCAUUAUAUAAAGGAACUUGGGACUGUGCUAUGAAGACUGUUAGAAAGGAGGGAUUUUUUGGUUUAUACAAAGGAAUGGCAGCUCCAUUAGCAGGUGUAACUCCAAUGUUUGCAAUAUGUUUCUUUGGUUUCAAUGUUGGCAAAGAAUUGCAACAAAAACACUCAGGUGAUAAGCUCAGCUAUUUGCAAUAUUUCAAUGCUGGUCUGUUGGCUGGUGUAAUGACAACAGUAAUUAUGGCACCUGGUGAGCGAAUAAAAUGUUUAUUACAGAUUCAAGCUGACUCUAAAACGGCUCCCAAAUACAAAGGACCUCUUGAUUGUGCUGCCAAACUCUUCAAAGAAGGUGGUAUUAGGAGUGUCUACAAGGGUACAGGUGCUACACUAUUGAGAGAUAUGCCUGCUUCUGGAAUGUAUUUCAUGAGUUAUGAAUGGAUGCAAAAUAUGCUUACCCCCAAAGGUGGAAAUCGUAAUGACUUAAGUCCCUUGAGGACGCUUGUUGCUGGUGGAACAGCAGGAAUAUUUAAUUGGCUUGUUGCUAUUCCUCCUGAUGUUCUCAAGUCUCGGUAUCAGACAGCUCCUGAAGGAACAUAUCCCAAUGGGAUUCGAGAUGUAUUUCGUCACCUGAUGAAGGAAGAAGGAAUUCUAGCAAUGUACAAAGGAGUAACACCUGUCAUGUUGAGAGCAUUCCCUGCCAAUGCAGCUUGUUUCUUGGGCUAUGAAGUAACUGUUAAAAUAUUGGAUUGGCUGGCACCAAACUUAUAA